CGAGAUUUCGUCCUUGUCCUAGUUCGUCUCCUGGACGCCGGAGCGCUCUUUUCGGCGCGGCGAAAGAGAAAACUGGGUAAGGCAGAGAAGUGAUGUCUCAAUCAGAAGUGAAUUCUGUUGACGGUGUGGCCUCGGAUAGAGCUGGAGAUACUGGAAACCAAAGUGAUGACUCAUCUGAUAGCAGCUUAUUUAAAACACAGUGUGUUCCUUCACCUACACAAAAGCAAAGACUCCCUACUGUGAAAAGUGUUACUUCCCCUGCAAGUGUUGAAACAGAGUCAUCAAGUGACUCUUCUCUAGAGCCAAGGCCUUUGACUUUAAAGGCAAUUUUUGAAAGAUUUAAGAAAAAGAAACGGAAAAGGAGGAAAAAGAGGAAGUACAAGCCAAAAUUAAGACCAAGAGGAAGACCAUAUGGAACAAGGAACACUAGAAGGUCACAAAUAGAUGCAAAACAAAUUAGAAACAAAGGAGCUGUGUUUCCAUUCUUAGAAUCUGAAAGUGGAAGAAAACCUUUACCUUGGAAGAAAAUUUUAACAUAUGAGCAAGCUGUUGCAAGAGGAUUUUUUCACCAUAUUGAGAAACUCAAGUAUGAACACCACCUUAAGGAAUGCUUGAAGCAAAUGCAUGCUGGGGAAGAUUUAGAAAAAGAAGACCUUGACAGCCGUAGAUACAAGUAUAUGGAUGAUGAUGGUCCGCUUUCUCCUAUUGAAGAGCCAUUAACUGAAGAUGAAGCAACAAAUCCUCAGUCUGAAUGUGAUAUCAAGUUGGUUGAAGACAGUUGCUUCAUAAUAAGUUCAGAAUUCUCAAGGAAGAGAAACUUAGAACCAGAGAAGAUUAAGAAAGAAUCUACAUUCUCUAAAAAAGCCAAAGAUGCCACAGGGCACAGAAGGACCUGGAAAGGAGAUGAACAUGUGACUAUCAAGGCUUGUCUUGAUUAUGAAGUCAGAAUUGGAAGAUAUACACGAAUGGAUGUUUGUUUCAGUGUUGCACUGGCAUUUUCUUCAUAAAGAUUAGAAUUCUGAGUUUUAGGAAUGGAUAUAAGAAGACUUUUCAGAGACGUUGGUGAGUAAAACUAUAUUCCUGUUGGUUUUUUGUAUUAAAAAAAUUACAAAUCUCCAGGGAUAACAUGUGUGUACAAACUAGAAAGUACUUUCUUUGUGCUAGGCUAGUAAGUAAAUCAUUCAAAUGCCAGACCAAAAUGAUUAGAAGUGCUCAUUCAGUAGGGAUAAUUGAGUUAUUUUUAAAAGAUAUACCAUGUACUAGUCCCACAUCUGUAAUUCUAGGAGUUGAGAGUCUGAGGUAUGAAGAUCCAAGUUUGAAUACAGCCUGAGAAACAGGAAAACUCAGAAGAUCAAAUUCUUGGCUGGGUAGCUCCACAGUGAAUAUAAGUACUACAGUCCAAAACCCUAGCAGCCAGGCAGGUAUGAUGGCUAAAUCUAGAAGCUCUGACUUUAGUGAGACUUCAGUGUUUGUUGGAGUGAUCAGGGAAGGUAGCCAACACCAGUCAGUGUGUGUGCAAGAGAACAUUAAUCUUUUGAUUUUCCCGUUUUGUGGGGAUUUUAUUUUUAUGUGAGAUAGAACUCUUAAGUAGCUGAAAGAGGGAUCCACCCAACCCCCUUAGUAUACAUAUGUUAACAUUAAAAAAUUAGCUGCUGCUUUAGUGCAAGGCUGAGAGUGCUUUAGGACUUUGCACUGCAUGGUAUCUGCAUUCAGCAGUUCUUUCCUGUUGAGUGUUCAAAAGGCAGUGCCAUAGAAACUCACUAUCUGGCAUCGUUGGUUUCUUGGCUUUGUGCAUGUUAAACCUGGUAUUUCUAAUGAUACAGUUUAUUUCAUAUGCGUGUACAUAUUUUUUAUGUAGGUUUUUUGGGGAGGGCACAGCAACUUCUAAAUUUGAUCUCAAUGUGGGUUUCCUGGUG